AUUAUGGGCUAUCGAGGAUUAUUCAGGCAGAGGAAAAAAAUAGCUGCGAGGUAGAAGUAAACAUGGAGCUCUCGGCCGUCGGGGAGAGGGUCUUCGCCGCUGAAUCCAUCAUUAAACGGCGCAUAAGGAGAGGACGGAUGGAGUAUCUGGUGAAAUGGAAAGGCUGGUCUCAAAAAUACAGCACCUGGGAACCAGAGGAGAAUAUUCUGGAUGAGCGCCUUUUCGCCGCUUUUGAAGAGAGAGAGCGCGAGAGGGAACUGUUCGGGCCAAAAAAGCGGGGGCCUAAACCAGAAACGUUUUUAUUGAAAGCAAAGGCUAAAGCUAAAGGCAAAAAUUAUGAGUAUAGAAGGGAGAUGUCUCGAGGAUUGCGGGUGUCUUUCCCGGUCGCAGAGCCGAUUGUGACGCCUAGAGCACGCGAGGGGCUACGGACGGUCGUGCCGACGAUCUUUCCACCGAGCACCGUGAAUAGAGGCGAAAGUGUGCGCAUCCGACCCCCGGAUCAUGACAGAAGCCCACUUACGCAUGCGACGGCAGCACAAGACCAUUUAGAUUUUUCCGAUUCGCCUAAAAAACGCGGACCAAAACCAAAGUUGCGUCCAAUUGGUGGUGGUCCAUCCACCGAAAGCCUUAAAAGAAAGGCAGAUAAACCAUUAUCUUUUCGGCCAUCCAAAUCAGAGAGACUGGGAGAAACAUCUAACCAUGACGUUAUCCAUCUAACACAGAAGUACCAAGGAGAACCAAGCAGUGUUCCGAAGCAAAUGGGGGGUAGGUCAAGUGAUACAAAUUUUAUGCUUGGUGGCACCGUUUUUAAAAAAGGCUUUGAUAUUUUGGGACAUGGACGGAAGGAGGGCUCCACCAGUGCCAUGAACCAACAACCCAAAAUACAACAGCCUCCCCAAAAUAAUCUAUUUCGAUCCACCAGUCAAGCCGGUAAUGAACUGUCUUUGAGUUUUGUAGACGAAACCGACGAGGCUUGGUUGCCCUGUUUAAAAAACAUGGAGAAAAUUGUCGUAACUGAUGUAACGAGUAAAUCGUUGACUGUGACCAUAAAAGAGAGUUCAACGGACAAAGGGUUCUUCAAAGAGAAAAGAUAAUGUAAUUUUAAAUAAACGAUGUACAUAUGAAAUACUGUAAUCCAGCUAAACAGCCUACAUUUUAAUAGUAUAUUUACUGUACAGUAAAGUCUUGCAAUAAAAAAUAUAUAGUAUAUGUUUAGCCUACAUUUCCAUUCACAUUUUCUAUGAAAAUGAUGUGAAAAUGAAGUUUAUUUUUCUAUUUCCCAGAUUUUAUGUAAUGUGCACCAGUUGAUUCGUUCUUCGCUUUAUUUGUUGCCUUUUUCAGCAUAGAUAAUAACACAUUAUAUCAUUUCAACUUAACGCACCUUUUUAUUGAUAUUGAUUAGUUUCUCUUUUAUGGACGUAUAGACUAUUUGUUAUCAUUUGUUCUGAUCAGAUUUUUGUAUAUAUUUGUAUAAGGUCCAAACAAAGUAGUCUGUAUUAAAGCACGCCCUUUUAAACGGUGAAAUGAGGUAGAAUCUACACUUUAAUUCUUUAUUUGCCAGGUUUCGGGCCUAAAUAUGUAAAGACGUUUAAUACUUAUUAAUUUUAAAGGAAUGUUUAAUUGAUAUGGCUGUUUGGUGUCCUAACACCUCAUUGUUAAGCAGACUACUUUUAAAAUAAGUUUCCCUUCACCGAAAUCAAAAAAGAAUGAGACUUAUUGAGGUACAAAUACUUGCUCCUUUCAAAUGUAUUAUAAAUUAUUAAGCCUAGUGUUUUGGUCAAAUUGGGACAAAUUCGAAUUAAAUUUACUUAAUAUUAACCUGUUUAAUUAACUGAUUGGUGUAAAACGUUCAAGUAAUUUUUCACAGAAACCAAUGUAUCAGAGCCUAAAAUAAAAAUGUAAUUUAGCUGUG